AUGGCAGUUGCCGAUGACGACUUCGAGUUUUUGACCGAUGCGGACAGAGACUUCGUACGAACGCUCAGGCGGCGCUUUCAUGACGAGUUUGCUGCCCGAGAGGCUGAUGGCCGGGCGUAUCGCUGCUUCUUUGGGCCGAUUGCCCUGGCUCGUAUCCUCCGGGCGGUGGAUGGAGAUGUGGAGAAGGCUUGCGAGUGGUUUCAGGCUUUUCUCCAAACCAUCUCGGAGAAGGGUGUUGACGAUCUGAUACGAGACAUGACCUCUCGCUUCGAAGCAGCUGGCUCCGAAGCCAUUCGUGCCAGCAUGCUCCCUCACUACGACGCCGUCAAGGACUUCUACCACGCGGAGCUCCAGGCACCGCACCUCUCAUCCGACGGCGACAUCGUCAUGUACAUCCCGCUCAUUGACCACGACAAGAAUGGCAUCAUGGAGCACAUGGACUGGGAUCAAUGGGUCACAUACAGCAAGGCCAGCACGGUGCUUCAGUGCUUGGCGCUGGACUCCUUAAGCAGGUCCACCGGCCGCAUUGCGCGAAUCAUCUUGCUGUUUGAUGUGGAAGGCUGCUCUUUGGAGACAGUUGUGAAUCGAACGUUCCUGCGCGCUCACCGCCGAGAUGUCGUGGACAGCUUCCAACAGAAAAUCGCAGCUGAGAUAGUCGCCAAAGUCUAUGUGAUCAACCUGCCGUGGACGCUCGCAAACCUGUUCACGCUUUGUAAGACCUUCGUGCCAGCAAAGUUUCUGCAAAAAGUGAGGGUUAUGAGUGGCGACUCCCUUCGAGAUUCGUCCUUCGUAACGCAUUGCGGAGGGCCUGAGCAGCUUGCUGGCCUGUAUGAUUCGCGGAAAGGUUUGGCAGCGAACAGCAGCCAGAAGGCACACAAGCAGCUGCACUCACUCGAUCUCUGGCCUGAGAAGGAUGAGUUGGAGCUUGUUGCAAAGCUGCGCACAAAAUUCGCGGACGAGUUCGCGCAGCGCGCGCAGUCUGGACGUGAUUGGCCUUGCAUGUUUAGCGACUUGGCCUUGGCACGUGUCCUUCGCGGCAAUGAAGGCUACUUCUCCGAAUCUGUGAACUGGUUUCAAAACUUCCUUGAGAGGAUGGCUGAGUGCCACGUUGACGAUCUUGUGUCGAGCAUGACUGCUAAGCUGGAGGAAUCUGGUCAGGAACGCGGGUGCAUGUCGAUGCUUCCCCACGCCUCCGAGAUAGAGAGGCACUUUCGCUGCGUCUUCUCGGCCCCAAGGCUCACACCCUCCGGGGAUGUGAUCUGGUAUGUGCCGCUGGGGGACUUCAACCGAAUGUCUUUGGUCGAGGAGGUGGACUGGUCGCACUGGGUAGAGUUUUUACGUGCUAUGGUGGUCCUACGUGCUGUGGAGGCUCAGAAACUCAGUGAGGCACAAGGACGCAUGGCCAAGUGCAUCAUGAUCCUUGACCUGCACGGCAGCGGUACCAACGCCACGGGCUUUCCCAAGGUUGAGGAGUUCGAUGACCGAAACCAGGCCAACAUGAAGUUUAUGCGCCAGAUCAUCAUCGAAGUCCUUGGCCCAGUGUAUGUCCUCAAUGCUCCAUGGGUGGCCGUGAAGGCCUUCAACUGGUUCAAGGCACUGGUGCCAGAAAGGUUUUCUCAGAAGCUGACGCUCUUGGAUGGGGAUGGCACCUCAGACCCGGACUUCUUGGAGCUGGUCUCGGAGUCUCAGCUGAGGCACCUGCUCGCCACACGCGUCGGCCUCGUGUCCGGGGAGACGGAUUCCAACUCUGGAGAGACCCUCGUAGCCGCGGGCGACUGCUUCCAGAGAUGCCGCGAUCUGCGGUCUGGAGAGACGAUCACCUGGACCUUCUCGGUCAUUCCAGGAGACGGAGACGCAUGGCUUGGCGCCUCUGACAUUGAGUUCUCGGCAUCCUUGUGGCUUCACCCGGAGUUUGCUCAAGACGAGCAGCCGGAAGAGAGCCAGGUCGUGGACCCCACGAUGGUUCAAGCCUCGGAGGGUGAAAAGUCUGGCAGCUACACGGCCUCUCGGGACUGUGUCAUCACCCUUCGAUGGAGCAAUGAGCACAGUCGAUUGCGCUCAAAGUCGCUCCAGUACAGAAUCGACCUGUGA